AUGGGAAAUUUCAUCCAGACAUCAAAAUUACAUUCUUCAGGUGCAGAGCUACCAAAACUGGAGAAACCGGUGAGGAAAAAGAUGAAGUUUGAGCCUGAUGAAGAGACUCCAUCUCUCGUACAUGAGGAUGACAUGGAAAUGCACAAUAGAUUUUAUGAAAGUAUGCCCUCAGUCAGAAAGAGAAUUGUGACUGCUAAAGAAAGAGGGGGGGCAAUUAAUGUAGCCAAAACAUUCGAGCCGACAAACCCUUUCUGCUGGGUCGUCUUGCGACCAUCAUAUCUAUACAGGGGAUGUAUCAUGUAUUUACCAUCAUACUUUGCCGAGCAACAUUUAAGUAGGGUUUCUGGGUUCAUUAAACUUCAGCUUCCAGAUGGGAUACAGUGGCUUGUUCGGUGUCUUUAUAGAGGAGGCAGGGCUAAGUUCAGUCAAGGAUGGUAUGAAUUUACAUUGGAGAAUAAUUUGGGGGAAGGAGAUGUCUGUGUCUUUGAACUUCUCAGAUCGAUGGAAUUUGUGCUCAAAAACUAUGUUCAUAAUUGGAUUUAG